AUGGCUGUCUGCCAUUGUGAUCAAGAUGUCAAGGCCCCCACUUCAUUCUUUGGACUGUUUCGCAAUACCUCCUCUUACGAUAGACUCCUACUAGUGUGUGGUUUCCUCUCAUCCGGCAUUGCAGGAAGCGGCGUGCCUCUGAUAACCAUUAUCAUUGGAUCUUCAACACAACUAUUCGUCGACUCCGGCAGUUCCGUGGCUCAGGGAGACUUCCUUCACCAGAUCACGCGCAAAGCGCUGAUCCUCGUAGGCAUCGGUGCCGCGGUUGCAGCUGCCUCGUUCGUGUCAAUAUGGUGCUGGAUGGUUCUCGGAGCGAGCAUCACUGGACGACUGCGGCACGACUAUUUCUCAAACUUGUUAGCUCAAGAUAUGCCAUACUUGGAGACGCAGGGUGAUGGCGAGAUCGCAACGAAAUUCGUUUCGAAUAUGGUGAACGUUCAAGAAGCCAUCUCAUACAAGUUGAAUUUGGCUCUGACGGCUCUGUCCACUCUUGUAUCUGCAAUACUCAUCGCGAUGGCGAGGAACUGGAAGUUCGCUUUUGCUAUCUCCGCCAUAAUUCCAGCAAUCCUGUUGCCAACAAUGGUCAUGGCAGUAUUUCUUCGACAGAGCUCUCGUCGUGCUACCAAUCUUGUGUCAGAAGCUCAUUCCGACGCAGAGGAGGCACUCUCUUCCAUUCAGGCUCUGCAAAGUCGAGGCGCCCAAUCUCGAUUCGUCACGAAAUAUCAACAUCUCUUGUCCAAAGCAGGCAGACACGAGGGGACCAAGGCUCUCUUUUCGGCUGGCAUUGCAAGCCAUUUUGUCUUCGUCCUGUACGCAGGGUACUGCUUUGCAUUCUGGGAAGGGGCAAGACUCGCGCUAUCCGAGAAUUUGAACAUUGGAAAGAUCAUCACUAUUCUGUACGCUGUUCUUUAUGGUACGACGGCGUUGGUCAAAGUCAUUGAAUAUAUGAAGGUCUAUGCGUCUGCCAAGUCAUCUCUAGCUGAUAUCAUAUCUGUCCUGGAUCGACCUCCCCUUCUUCAGAUCUCCAAGACACCGAGAUGGGGAAAUGUUUCGGGCGAAAUUCAAUUCGACAGGGUCAGCUUUUCGUACCCAACACGACCAGACAUCAAGGUUCUCGACAACUUUUCCCUGCAUAUCCCUUUGCAUCAGAGUUUAGCAAUAGUUGGUGAUUCGGGAUCUGGAAAGUCGACGAUAUUCGACCUACUACAACGAUUUUACGACCCUAAUGCAGGUCAGAUUCUGAUAGAUGAGCUUAACGUCUCGAAUAUAGACAUCAGGUUCUGGCGUUCCCAAAUCUCAAUCGUGUUCCAGGACCCGGCGCUAUUGUCUGGAACUAUCUUCGACAAUGUUGCUCUUGGCUUACAUCUUACCAUGUACGAAAAUGCACCAUACGAUCUGAAGCGAAAACUGGUCAUCGAAGCAUGUCAAAUUGCCAACAUUUCCGAAUUCAUCGAGCGCUUACCAGAGAAGUAUGAAACCAAGAUCAAGGGCAAUGACUCUCACUUAAGUCGUGGUCAACGCCAGCGCAUCGCAAUCGCACGAGCAAUUAUCCGAAAUCCUAAGAUCCUCUUACUGGAUGAAGCAACUGCAGCGCUCGAUUCGGAAUCAGAAAGACUGGUUCAGAGUGCUUUAACAAAUGCAUGCCAAGGACGUACUUGCAUUACGAUUGCUCAUCGCUUAAGUACAAUCACCAAUGCUGACUCGAUCAUUGUCAUGAAAGCUGGUCGCAUCGUUGAGCGGGGAACACAUCGACAACUCAUGGCUCAAGAUGGGAAGUAUGCAUCGAUGUACCGUACGCAAGAAGUCAAGGAGGAGAAACCAGUCGAACAACCAGCUGAAGUUGGAAAGAUUGGAAGGCAGUCUGCUAUGGGAACUAUCCUCCGUAAGCUGACCAUGCGAGCCAACCGCAUGAGUACCAGACGAGUUCAAAACCAGGAGCCCGAGGAAAAUGUACCAAGCAAGGCGGCAACUUGGUUCAGUCGUAUUCGCAUGCUCGCUAGAGCUGUCAACGCGCUGCAUGGAGACAAACCAGCAGUCGUCCUAGCUUUGAUCCUCACUGUUGUCUCCGGCCUAGCAUAUCCUGCGCAAGCUAUUCUCUUUGCAAAGCUCUUCGUCGAGGCUGAACAUCUCGGGAGCCCCGGUUUCCAAUCUCGCGUCAACUUCCUCAGCCUGAUGUUCUUUAUCGUUGGGAUUGUACUCUUCUUCUCGCACUUUCUGAGCUCUGUGAUCCUCCAACGUAGCUGCGACAAGAUGAUCCGACGAGUGCGAGUUCGAGCUUUUGCAUUCAUCCUUGAUAUGGAAGCAGAUUGGUUCAACACCGAGGAGCGCUCGACAUUUCGUCUCCUCUCUUGGUUGACAGAAGAUGCAACCUAUCUACGUGGUUUGCACGCGGUCAGUCUUGCUGUGUACCUGCAAACAUUUGUCAUCCUUUCGUCAACAGUCUUUCUCGCCAUAGGACUUAAUUGGCGCUACGCUCUGCCUGUCAUACUUCUCUUACCAUUGGUCCUCUUUGGCUCAUUCCUUCGCCACAAAGUUUUGAAGGAUUUCCACCAUUCUACAAUAUCACAUCACACUUUGUCCAACGAGAUUGCAUAUGAAGCACUCGCUUCCGUCCGGACCGUCGCUGCAUAUAAUCAAGAGACCGAGAUUGUCAAAAUGUACAACUCAACUCUGACUGAGGCUUAUGAAGCUGCAAAAAAAGCGGCAACUAAUUUGUCGUUCGCGUUCGCCGGAGCUGCGGGAAUGCAGCUCAUUGUGACGGCUUUCGCGCUUUGGUAUGGAGGAUACCUCAUCAGCAAAGGUCAACUCUCCGUCUUCCACUACUUUGCCUGCUACACUGCCCUUACUUUCGGCGCUCAAGAUGCUGGCUUAGUCGGAAGCCGCGCAUCAGGAGUUUCAUUGUCGAAGCAGUCCUUCAACUUCUAUGACGAAAUGCGGACUCACAGAUUGGCAAUCGCAGAAAAAUUGGCUGCUACCGCUCCAAAGGAUAAGACAAUGACAUCAAUUGAUGGAGAAAUCAGUUUCCAGCACGUAGGCUUCCAAUAUCCGGGACAACCUACUCGUCAUGCAGCGCUCAGAGAUAUCAACUUCUCGAUUAAGCCUGGCCAGCAUGUUGCAUUUGUUGGAGCUUCAGGAUCGGGGAAAAGUACCAUCAUCAAUCUGAUUGAGCGGUUCUACUCUCAGUCUUCGGGCCAAAUAAAGCUCGACGGCCAGCCCAUUGAGCAUUGUCCACUAGAAGAUUAUCGCCAACAAGUUGCUCUCGUGCCUCAAGACUCCGUCGUCUACAACGGGACCAUUUUGGAGAAUCUUCUUCUGGGAUUGGACGAGUCGAAGGUCACUCAAGCUGACGUCGAAGCUGCAUGUGCUGCGGUGGGAAUCUUGACAUUCAUUCACUCGCUUCCAGAUGGAUUUGCCCAGGCAUGCGGCAAGAAGGGCAGAGAGCUCUCAGGCGGGCAGAAGCAGAGACUUGCCAUUGCGGCUGCGCUCCUCCGCGAUCCACGCAUUAUGAUCCUCGACGAGGCUACCUCGGCUCUUGAUGCGGCCUCAGAGCAAGAAACCCUCAUGGCGCUCAAGAAUGCGUCUGGAAACAGAACUACCAUCACUAUUGCGCAUCGAUUGUCCACUGUGGUCGCUGCAGAUGUGCUAUAUGUGCUUCAUCAUGGCCGCAUCGUGGAGACAGGUACGCCGGAGGAGCUGCUGAUUCGAAAGGGAGGCCAUUUCGCUUCGAUGGUAUCAGGAAACCAGCGGUUGUCUGGUUGA